GCUGCGUGGAGCAGCUGCUGGCCGGCUGCGGUGGCAGGGCUGAGUUCGGGGAAGUCGGAGCUGCUGGGCGAGAGCUGGCUGUUUGCUGAACCGCUGCUGCCCUUUGCGUGCGUCAUUCGGGCGUGUGCACCUGGCUGAUUCAAGACAAGCAGGUGCGGACCUGCUCCGCGUUGGGAUGGGGAGAGACCACCUCUUGCUGCAGGGAGCGAUGCUGGGGCCUUCAGCAGGUGUCCUUCUCGCUCUGAGUCAGCAUCCCAGCACAGGGCUCGGAGACACAGCGCUGGGGGAGGUGGCCCCUUCUAGCCAGGAACUGUUUCUCACCCUGGACCUGGAGCCAGUACCCCCUGAACCCACCCAAGGCUGCCUCCGGGACCUGCCAGGUGGAGAAGGGACCUCUGCUGCAUGUGUUUCAAGGAUCACAGGAUCUUCUCCUUCCCAGAGGCUAGUGAAGAUUAGAAGGCGAAAAAAACGCACUUGUGAUGAAAUGUUCUCUGAGCUCAUGCUGUCCUCCCACACUGACAUAGCACAGACGAAUGCAUGGAGGCAGACAAUGUUAGAGUGCAGGAAAGCACAAAAUGACUGGGAGGAGAGGUGGCAGGCUGAGGAGAGUAAGUGGCGGCAGGCUGAAGAGAGGGCUGAAGCUGAAAGGUGGCAGCAGUGUGAUGAGAGGAGGCAGGAUUCAAUGCUGAGGCUGCUGGAGGAUCAAACUAAUAUGCUCCAGCAUAUGGUUGAGCUGCAGGAAAGGCAGCAGGAGCACAGACUGCCACUACAGCCCCUGUGUAACCAACCACCCUUCUCCCCAAGUUCCAUAGCCUCCUCGCCCAGAUGCCCAAGAACAUGGUUGGGGGGCCUCCGGCCUCCCAGCCACUCCACCCCAGAGGAUUGCCCAAGCAACAGAAGGCUGGCAUUCAAUAAGUUCUAAAGUUUUAAACUUUUAAAGUGCUGUGUGGCCUUGUCAUUCCCUCCUCCACCACUCCUCCCAGUGCUUCUCUCCUCUACCACUCCUCCUGGGCUACCUUGGCAGUUAUCCCCCUAUUUGUGUGAUGAA